AUGAGCGGCUUGGAUCCCUUCACUGCCGCCGUUUUCGGCUGGUUCCGCGAUGACACGCAGGCCUUGAUGAACCGCAUCGCAGAGGUGUUGGCGCGCAGUCGUCUGUACCCAGAUCGGUCUGUCCAGUGGAGGCCGACGUGGGCGACGGACUUCCGCAAUCUUCAUCUGCCAGCUAGUGCUGAGCGCCUCAUCCGCUGGGACAUCCGUCGCCCAGAAGACGUGUUUAGGAACGGUUUCGCCCCGAAGGUCCAACCUUCCAGCAGCGCACAGCUGCAGGACCAGCAGCUGGAUAUAGCCACCUACGUCUUGCACAACGUCCCUUCCAUCUUUGUGUCCACGACGCGCACCCUCGCGACCUACACCCCCUCGGUGCCCGAACCGCUCGUGUGGACGGCGGAUAACCGGCUUAAUCGCCAUGUCGUGGGCGGAACCAGUUUCAAGUACGAGAUAUACGCGCAUGGCGGGAUAGAUGUCAACGAGUCGCUGGGCACACAUCGCCAUCAGCAACAGAACGAGGUCGCGUUUGCGGGUGGAAUCCGGCGCGAGUUCGUUCGCAGUGCCGUCGAGUACCGCCGGAUCGAUAAUGCAGACGGCACCACGGAGGACAUAAUCGUCCGGGUUUAUUACAAUCCGUACUUCGAUUGGAACGCCAGUGGCAGGGGCCAUGGAUCGCGCCUCCCUGAUCUGCCCCAGGAUGAGUACAGAUCGAUUGGGGUCGAGGUCGUUGAUGUGACCUUUGAUGACGACGAUGGGAAUCCUUCGGACUCGCAUAGGAGGGAGCUGCGCAGUCCCGUGGACGAAGAUAUCCUCAUGACGGGCGAGGGUCAUACUAUCACAGAUUUUCUGAUAGGCACCGCGACCGAGCCACGCUUCGCGCGUGCUGUUCUCCCCAACCUGGCGCGUUCCGUCCAUGAGGUCUAUGUCUUCGCAGAGACGAAAUACGUCCUCAUGCACUUCGACCCACCCGGUUCGAUCAUCAAUGGGCCAAAGCUGGUCGUGACCGAAUGGCCGUCCCUGCGCAAGGCCAAGUUCGCAGGGAGGGUGGACGCGAUCCUGCCGAACCCGGACAAUUACAGAGAAGCCUACUUCUUCAGCGGAGACAGCUAUGCUCUCGUGAACGUCCAGCCGGGGUCGACGGACGACUACCUAGUGAGCGCGGUCAAGACGAUUCGCGGGAACUGGCCAUCCCUGACCAAGGCCGGGUUCGACAAAGGGGUGGACGCGAUCUUGCCAAAUCCUCAUAAUAACGCGCACGCGUACUUCUUCGGGGGUGACCAGUACGCGCUCAUCGACAUCGCCCCCGGCACCACCAACGACCGCAUCAUCAACGGGCCCAAGUCCAUUUAUCAGAAUUGGCCGUCGCUGCGCAAUGGCUUCACCAACGGGAUCGAGGCUUGUCUUCCAAACCCGAGCAACAAAAAUCAGGCGUACUUUUUCAAACAUAAUCGUUAUGUCCUAAUUGAAGUCAAGCCGGGCACGACAGACGACAUAUUGAUCGAGGGGCCCGCAGAUGUUGGUGGGAAGUGGCCGGCGCUCAAAACCGCUGGUUUGUAUUGA